AAAGGAGGAGAGACUGCCGAGUAGGAGACAGAGGGGACCCUGAGACAACACGUCCCACGCCAGAGCCAGACAGCCAGGGAACUUUGAUUUGACACCAAGUAGCCUGUGAUGAAAAUGACGGUGACAAGAAAGAGCCACGUUUCCUCUUCUCCUCGGGAGGUUUAGAUAUGUCGGGCGUGUGCAACAUAUGAUGUCCUUGGACUCAUAUGCUCAAUGAAGAUUUAUUUAUCUCUGCUUUCGCUCCUCGAUUCGCCGAUGGUGCCGCUUCGUUGUGCCUGCACUUAGGUCAGCCGAAUGAAUUUGAAGGCAGUCUGAGCGCAUUGUUUCCAGCUCCGUUGCAUGUGGGAUUUCCAGCCGUGAUGUCUGCAAUAUUCCGCUCUUUGUUUCUGGUUCUAUUCAGCCUGCUGUCAGUGGGUGCCCAGACGGAGAUGAAGAAGGUCGUUGGGGACAAUGCCACCUUACCAUGCCACCACCAGUUCCCAUCGUCCAACUCUCUUGACAUCGAGUGGCUACUGCAGAAACCAAACUCCAAACAGAGAGUGAUCAUUACCUUCUUCGGGGGCCAGGUGUACACCAAUGAGGCAACGGGCAGCGAGGCCAGCCGUCUAUCCUUUGCUGGGGAGUACCUGGGUGGAGACGCCUCCCUGCUGAUCAGUGACCUGCUGCUGACCGACUCCGGGGAAUACUACUGUAAAGUCAAGACUGGGGGAAAGUACCACUGGAGCCAGGUCAACCUCAUUGUGCUGGUCAAGCCUUCCAAACCAAGGUGCUGGAUGGAUGGAAAACUCCUGGAGGGCAGUGAUGUCAAGCUGAGCUGUAAGUCCAGCGAUGGUUCAGACCCCAUCAGCUACAAGUGGGAGCGAGUGCUGGACAAAGGCAAGAGUCUUGGCAAAUUGCCAAACCUGGCACUGAUAGAUCUCAAAAACCCAGAGAUUGUGACCCUUAGGAAUCUCACCAUGGACAGCACAGGGGUCUACAGGUGCACCGCCAGCAAUGACGUUGGAGAGGAAAACUGCACAAUCGAGGUCACAAUGCAGCAUGUGAGGGAUGUAGGGAUGGUAGCAGGUGCAGUGGUGGGAAUAUCACUUGGUGUCCUCAUUGUCAUAUUAAUCAUCUGGCUCGUCUUCCGGAAGAAAGAGAAAAAGAAGUACGAGGAGGAGGAGACGCCAAAUGAAAUCAGGGAGGAUGCGGAGGCUCCCAAGGCCAAACUAGUGAAGCCCAACUCCCUGUCCUCGUCCCGCUCCGGCAGCUCACGCUCCGGAGCCUCCUCCACCCAAUCUAUGGUGCACAACAGUGCCCAGCGUGGUCACCGCCCCCGCCCGCCUGCCGUCGCAGCUCUGAAGGAAAAUGGACAGCCUCCAGGCUUCCCCCAGUCCCCUCCAGCCUACACUACAGUGGUGCCCCCCAAGACCCCCGAGCCCCCUGCCACUCCCAAAUUCAACUCUAGGAACAUGUCUGGGCAGACACCCCCAACCCUCAUGGUCCCCGCCCAGACCAAGGCCUUUCAGACUGUGUAAGACUGAAAGCGAACACCUUCCUGCAGCCAUGUGAGACUCCCAUCCCUGCCCAAGCCCCCUAGCCCCCUCCUAAAGACUCUUCCAUAAACAAAGAAAUGCAACUAGUUAAAAGGAUGUAAUUAAAAGAAUCAAUAGUAUAAGUCCAAAAGUACUUUUAAUGAAUGCAUACUUAAAAAGGGAAAAUACAACAUGCUUGCCCCCUACUGAAUUACAUAAACAACAAAACAAAAGAAAAAACAAGACCCGAGAUGCAACUGUUUGUGUCUCAUGGCUAAAGGCAGUACUUAUUUUCUGAGUUCCUUGUUUUGGCUUUGGAAGGCACAGGGAAGCACCAUGUGCAGCGAGGUGGAAGGAGCCCCUUAGUAGAGCUUUUAUUUAUUUAUCAAAUCAAAGGGUUAGUCAUGCAGCAGAGAAAAAGAGGGGAAAAAUUGGAGGGCUGGAUAAUAAAGUACAUCCAAACUCUGAGCCAGGUACCAAUGGAGUCAUACGGCUGUUGAGCUUCUCUUUUCAACAAAUACAAGAUGGAUACAAGCAGGGAGGAAACACCGAAGGAAGUGCAAGAGCGUCAGACAGCUAGUGGUUUUUUUCUCUGGGAGGUGGGGACUGUGGAGGGGUGGCAGGGUGGGGGUGUGUGUGAGGGGGGAGGGUGAUUCUGUGAUUCAUGUCACCCUGCACCUCCAACUUGCUGCUUCCAGCACCUGCUCUGAAACCAUAAACCCCUUUACCUCCCAUGGGCUGGGCCGAUUGCGCCCAUCCAUGUGGACAGAAGCAGUGCACGGCGUGUGCAUCAUCUGCCCCAGUGCUCUCGGUAUUUUCGUGCUCUCGUAAUGAACCUGCGUGAAACCACAGCGGUACGGAGACUGUCUCAUCUGGCUCACAAACAGCUCAUCUGCUUUACCAAUCAGCAGGGGAAACUUCAGGUACAAGGAUGAAGCAUUGGCAGUAGAGUCAAAUCAGUGGAGUUGUUACCCCCUCCCACAUCCUGUCUACAUCUAUGGACAUCCUUUUCUGGUACUGAAUAUAUUUCCUGAAUAAUUAAAUUGUAUGUAUUAGGUCUAUAGCAAGUUAAUACUUUAAAUAUAGGGGAUAAGCAUCUAGUAGACCAGCUGGACUUGUUUUUCUUUUACUUUGUUUCUGUUUUCCUGUGUCUCUUCUCUCUGAACAGGUUGUAAAGGGUGACAGACAGCUAUGUGUCCAUUCAUCCAUAUUAAGAAGUGCCACCAAUCCCUAGAAUGGGUUAUUAUUGUUGCUUUUUUACUCUUGUGUUUACAUGUUACCUUUCUGAAGUGAAACCAAAAUCUGUCACCAUGAAUGUGUGAUGUACAAGAUGGUGGAUCCCAUUAUUUUCAGCCUCAUAUAAGGCACUGAAUCAAUUCAAGCUAAGUCACAAAGAAUUGACCUUGACGUUUAAUUUUACAAUUAGUAAGUCUGAAUGAGGGAACAAGGAGUAUGACUCUGGAGACUUUAAUUGUAUAGGGUGUGUAUGGUAUCAGUGACAGUACUCUCCUUGGAUUCAUAACAAUGGAGUGGAACUCGAUUGCUGUCUCACUGAAUCAUCGGGUCCUGCUUGGUUAUUGGUUGAGCUGUGCUAUCAGCCAAUCCCCCCUUUGUCGUAUCCUCAGACAGACCCAGUGCAGUUUGAUUGAAAGUAGUUGAAAAACAGGCAAGUAGCCUAUCUAGUGUGCCUUUGCAAUCCCUCUUCCUUUUGAUGGUUUCUUUCUUUGUCCUUAUCUUCAGCACACCAGUGGUUAAGUCUCUGUUCACAUCCAACUCUGAGGGUCAACAGCAGCAAAUACUGAGAGAUACAACUUCACAAACUAGCCCCAGUAAUAACAGAUGCAGCCUAGCGAGCACCAAGCAGAGUGAAUAAUCCGUGGUGAGAAAGCAAUCCCAUGUUAAGGGACAAUGUAAUGUAUAUUCUGUAAUCAGUCUUGUUUUAUAUUGUACAUACAGAUAGUUAUACGCACAUGAUGUCAUUUAAUUUAAUAAAUAAGAUUAUGUGAGGAGAGAUUACCCCCUUAUAAAUGAGUCAAUGGAAAACCCAAAAGGGAAUUUAAACCAUGUACUUUCAGUACACAUGUUGUGUUACAAGUGAAUUCACGUGAAACAAAUGUUAGCAUCUGUAAUGGAGAGUGCAAGUGUAUAAAAAAAAAAAAAAAUGG